AUGCAGUCAGGAGGAGUCUCAGGAUUUUACAACUCACCAGUCACAAAGGCCACUGUACUAUGUGUCGCACUCAAUUCUAUCUGUGCAAGCAUCUUCCAGGCUAGACCGAUGCUGCAUUUGCAGAUCGUUCCUCAUAUAUCACAACACCAUCAACUCUGGAGGCUGGUCUCAACUCAUGUCGCUUUUGCAAACUCGUCUGAAAUCUUGUUUGGGGGACUUCUCAUGUACCAUAUGCGCCUAAUCGAACGUCACUGGGGCUCCCGCAAAUUCGCAUCAUAUGUCGUCCUGUCAUCCGUCAUAUCAACUGUUUUGGACGUGACAUGUCUCUUACUUGGCAACUCUUUUGGAUUAACUCGUAUCGCUGCUGGCCCAUGGUCAUGUCUAUACGCGCUGCUAUACAAUUACGUGUCCUCGAUACCAAUAACGUACAAGUUCAAACUCAUGGGAGUCACACUGAACGACAAGAUGUUUGUUUACUUGCUUGCUGCUCAACUGUUACUCGGAUCGUACCCGUAUUCAGUCAUACCGAGCGCUUGUGGAUGGGUUACUGGGAUCUUGCUCCAGAGUGAUGUCGCUUCUGUGUAUUUGAAAAAGUGGAGGAUUCCAAAAGGAAUAUGGAAUGUAAUAGACGCAUACUUUUUGAAAUUCAUAGAGUCUUCAGCUCCAAUGAGGCGAAGCACAAGAUCGGCCGAUGGUUAUGCUGUGGAUCCACAGAUAGCUCGACCUGCUACUGGCGGUAUGCAAACAAAUAGAGCAGUUCCUGCUGUCCCUGCAGCACGACCACGAGCAGCACCUUCAGAAGGAAACAUAAAUCUACUGAUAGGAAUGGGAUUUGACCGAGAACGAGUUGUUACUGCCCUACAAGCAACAAAUGACGAUCCUAAUGCUGCAACCGAGAGACUAUUGGGAGCUUGA